UCCUUCAUGUUAAUGUCCUGAAGUUGUUUAAACAGCGACACGCCGAGUAGUUGCAAAAAUGGAAGGUCUGGAGAUGUCCGCGAUGAUACCGGCUCUUCAGGAGCUAGCUAGUGCCAGCGCUGCUGAGUACGACCAGGCGGUGCAGAAACCAAGACAGAUCCUCUGCCAGUUCAUUGACAGGAUCCUGACAGAUGUGGAUGUCGUUGCUCUCGGGCUACAUAAGAAGUCCAGUUCAGAGCCGGCCUGUGUGAUGCUGCUAGACUUUGUGCAGCAUAUAGUCAAAUCCUCGUCUCUGAUGUUUGCCAACCCUGCCUGCCAGCCUGCCGAGUACCCAGACACCACACAGAGCUGUACUGACUUCAGUAAGUGGGUGGCGGUGCGUUUGCUUCGUGUAGCAGCAGCUCCAGGAUGUGACGUCAUCCACGGACAGGUCUCUGCGGUGUUGUGCUCUUUGCUUCACACUCUGAGAGUCAGAGCGCCGUUCAUCUUCAGUCGUCUGACUCAGGAGCUCAUAGACCUGGCCCAGGACCUCAGCAACAUCUUGUACACUCAUAUCGCCAUGCUGGCCGGACAGGGACAUGCUUUGGGUAUCCACACGCAGAACCGAUGGCCUGUAACGCUGGAGUGCUUCAGUUUCUCCCCCACGUGUGCCUCCUCGUACCUCACCCCUUCACCUCUUGUGCUGUCCUCACCUGCUGCCUUGGAGUCGCUGACUGCCGUGACGCUCGGUAUCAUAACUGACGCCCUGAGAGGAGUCGUGUCCUGUCGUGACCUGAGUAUAGUCUGGGAAACGGCGUGUUCCAUCCUGUCCAACGGCAACACCAGGCUGAAGAAGCUCUCCAUGGUGACGCUGAGAAAACUGGUGGAGCUCAGGGAGUUUCCUGAGAUGCAGGGCCACGAGUUCUUCACGGCCUACUUUCAGUUACUGGAAACUCACUCCUACACAGCCUCAGCAAAUUCAAAUGAGAAGGAACCCUAUGAAGGAGAGCUGCUAAACCUGACCCGCUGCGUGUUUCAGUCACCUUAUGUUUCUCACUCGCACUUUGAGCCCAUCUGUCUCUCACAGAUCUUUGAAUGUGUUUGCACUCUUGGAGGAGCAGGUUUCAAGUUAGGGGCAGAAGUUACCGAAUCUCUCUGCCUCAUCUUCAGCUUCGCGCUAUCUGCUGCCCCAGUUUACGACAGUGCUGCGUUUCUGAGGAGGCAGCGGGUCACAGACGUUUGCAGGACACUGGCGUGCACUGUGGGGACAGAAAGUCAAGCUGAAUGUGCAGAGGGGUUUCUCCAAGCUGCGCUGAAGGCUGAGAUGGCUAUCGUGAUGCAGGAGGCAGAAGAUGGAGAGACUGCUGCCAAGAAAUCCUGCAAAUCUGCCAACAGUUUAGUCAAGAAAGCACAAAAGACAUCAUCAGUUGAGGAGGUGGACAUGCGGGUUCGAAGCGAGGUUUGGGCCGUGUUGAACGGUCGACUGGAGGAGCUGCUGACGCUUUUAAACUCAGACUCGACUGAACCUGAGAGCACCAAGACUCUUUCUGCACUGCAGGGUUUGGCCCUCAUCCUCCACCUGGCAGCCCUCUGCUCCGCUCCCAUCAGCAGUGUGUCUCCUCUCCUCUGGGUGCCGACUGAGACUUUGGGCAGGAUCCUGACGAGCUGUCAGUCAGUGUUACAAGGAGGCUCUCAAUCUGUCUCGGACCAGAGCUACUUUCAGUCUGCUGUCCAGUCCACUGUCACUGUCCUUGACUCUCUACUGUAUUUGACAAUGAGCAGCCAGAGUGACGACGGACUCCAGCGGCGAGUGUGUGCUCUGCUGUCACUUCCCUGGGUGUGUGACAACACGUCUCUCCCAGCCUUCAGGAGUUCAGGGUUUCCCUCCUGGCUGCCUGCCUUGGCUCAGAGACUCAGCUUCUGUUACUCUCCUGAGGUCCUGGCAGACUGUGUGUCGCUGCAGGCCUUUCUACAUCGCCGUGUGUGCGAGCCGUGGCGUGUAUUUGUGUUUUCAAAGGCGCUGGAGAGUCAGGAUGAGGGUGUGAGAGCGGCAGCAGUCAGGGCCUUCCCCAUUCUUCUUCACCACCUGGGAAACGCACACCACAAGCUCAUCGGCAGUACUCUGCUUUCCAGGCUAGAAGACGGUUCAGAGCAGGUAAAGAAGGAGCUGGCCAGGACCAUUGGUCAGCUCAGCUGCAUCCAAUCCGAGCUCUCCAAGCUCAGUGAUGUCCACAUGGGGUCCACCUGCCUUCCCAAAAUCCUCUGCCUUCGCCGCAGCCUUGCAACAGAGCAUUCUGGGAAAGCGGCACCAUCACUCAGGGCAUCUAUUGUCAAACCCUUCCUUUCACUACUCAGACCAGAAGCUCCAAGCAGUGUGAAACAAGCUUUCCUAGAAGCUCUACCUCACCUCUGCCAGCAUGUGAAUCUGACUGGUGGAGACAGUGACUCCAGGGCAGUUCUCUGUGCCCUGAUUGGUCUAAUGGAGGAUUCGGAUCCCGUGGUCAGAACACAGUUCAGCCAGUCGGUGCGCUUCCUGCUGACAGAGACAACAAGUAACUGCGAACAGGGCCCUUUCAAUGAGCUGAUGAUUGCACGUCUGAAGGAAGCGUUCAACAACGCUAAGCUCAGCAGAGAUGACAACCUGCGCAACACUCUCAUCCUCACCACUGGAGAGAUCGGCAGAGCGUCUCAGGGUAGUUUGGUGUCGUUCUCUCUGCUACGUCUUCUCCACUGUCUGCUGUCCAAGUCGUCCCUGGUUUCUGUAGCUGCGUACACUGAGAUCAGAGCCCUGGCCACUGCCAAAGGCCUCAAACUGCAGACCCUCUUCAGUCAGUACAAGAACCCUAUUUGCCAGUUCCUGGUGGAGUCGCUACAUUCACGCCAUGCGUCGGCGCUGCGGAGCACGCCAGAUCAGGGCAGCGAGUCGGCCAAUCAGAGAGAGCUGGCUCUGGACAUCCUGGCUCAGAUCGCACAUGCUUUUGACUUCCCAGAUCUCCACCGUUUCCUCACUCGGACCCUCCAGGUGCUGCUUCCCUACCUGGCAGCGAAGGCGAGCUCGACAGGCUCCGCCCUCAUCCGUACGCUAGCCAAUGAGUUGAAGGCGAACAGGAGAGAGAUCUUGAUCAACAACUUCAAAUACAUCUUCAGCCAUCUGGUCUGUUCCUGCACCAAGGAGGAGCUGGAGAGGGCCUUCCACUACCUACAGAGUGAGACAGAUAUUGAACUGGGCUCUCUGCUGCGACAAGAUUUCCAGGGUCUUCACAAUGAGCUGCUGCUGCGCCUGGGAGAGCACUACCAGCAGGUUUUCAAUGGUUUGGCCAUUCUGGCCUCCUCUGCGUCCAAUGAUGACCCCUACCAGGGUCCCCGAGACAUCACCACUCCAGAGCGCAUGGCCGACUAUUUGCAGCCAAAGCUGUUGGGGAUUCUCGCCUUCUUCAACAUGCAGCUGCUCAGCUCCAGUGCAGGAGAGAAGGACCGCAAGAAGUUGGCGCUGACAAGUGUGAUGGCUCUAAUGCGACUGAUGGGCUCCAAGCACAUCAGCUCUGUCAGAGUGAAGAUGAUGACGACGCUCCGCACCGGCCUCCGCUACAGAGAAGACUUCCCUCUGCUCUGCUGCCAGACGUGGGAGUGUUUUGUGAGAAGCUUGGAGCCUCCGCAUCUGGGCCCUCUUCUGAGUCAUGUUAUUGUUGCACUACUCCCCUUGAUCCCACUGCAGCCCAAAGAAACUGCUGCUAUCAUCCGUUUUCUCAUCCUGGAUAACAGGGAAGAAGUCAACGACUACCUCCAUGAGAUUUACUUCCUGCCGGACCAUCCAGAGCUAAAAGACAUUCACACUGUUCUGCAGGAUUACAAAAAGCUGACAGCCAGCAGCAGUGACCUGGCCGCAGCACUGCAGCUUUCCAUGAGAGCUGUUCAACAUGAGAACGUUGACGUGAGGAUCCAUGCUUUGACCAGCCUCAGGGACAUGAUGCACAGCAAGCAGGAGUGGCUGCUGCGGCAGGUUUGUGCGAGUGAGGCGGUGGAGCCGGUCAUCUCUAACCUGGUGUCAGUGCUGCUGAAGGGCUGCCAGGACUCGUCCCCAGAGGCCAGGCUGCUCUGUGGGGAGUGUCUGGGGGAGCUGGGGGCCGUGGAUCCUGGACGUCUGGACCUUUCGCACACGCACACCCACGGAGACCGCAACACCUUUGUGAGUGGGGUUGAUGAUCCAAACUUUGCCCACGAUCUACUGACCGAACUGACCAGAACAUUUCUGGCGUACGCUGAUGAUGUGAGGGCCCAGGACUCCGCUGCUUAUGCAAUUCAAGAGCUGCUAUCCAUAUUUGAGUGUCGCGAGGGUCGAACUGACUCAUCAGGCCGCCGUCUGUGGAGAAGAUUCCCAGAGCAAAUACAAGAAAUACUGGAGCCUCACCUCAACAGCAGAUAUAAGAGCAGUCAGAAGGAGGUCAACUGGUCUAAGCUGAAGAAGCCAGUGUACCUCAGCAACAGAGGCAGCAAGUUCUCUGACUGGUCAGCCACCUGGGCUGGAUACCUGAUCAGCAAGGUGAGACAUGAGCUGGCCGGAAAGGUGUUCAAAUGCUGCAGUUUCAUCAUCAAACACGACUACAAGGUCACGAUCUACCUGCUGUCUCAUAUUCUGCUCUACAUGCUGCUGGGCUGCACGCCUGCAGAGCAACAGGAGGUAACAGAGGAGAUGCUGGCCGUGUUGACAGAGGGUGAUGGACGAGGAGGCGGGCGUGGCCAGGAGACGGCCUCCAGCCUAUCACAGCUCAGUACUCAGACAGUGUUUAGCAUGUUGUCGCACCUGACACAGUGGAGUCGCCACAUCCUGUACUCCAAACCCAAACUGAAUGAGAGUGGGAAUUAUCAGCGUGUGGUGGCCUUCCUGAAGGGUAUUCCACAGGACGUCAUGGCCAAGGCCUCUCUACGAUCCAAAGCAUAUACUCGUGCCCUCAUGCACUUUGAAGCUUACAUCCUAGAAAACAAAGAGAACAUCCAGGACCACCUCACUUUCCUGCAGACGCUGUACGCUGCGAUGCAUGAGCCCGACGGAGUGAGGGGGGUCAACGCUCUGAGGAGGGAGGAGCCGUCGCUACGGGAACAGAUACUUGAGCACGAGAGCAUCGGUCUGCUUCGGGACGCCACCGCCUGCUACGACCGAGCCAUACAGCUGGAGUCAGACCAGAUCGGUCACUAUCAUGGAGUGAUGACCUCUAUGCUCGGCCUAGGACAGCUCUCCACAAUUAUCACACAGGUUAAUGGAGUACUGGCCAACAAGCAACAGUGGAAGUCCGAACUAAACACCUACAGAGUGGAAGCAGCCUGGAAGCUUGGAAAAUGGGACCUGCUGGAAGAUUAUUUGAGUUCAGACCGUCAGUCCAGUACCUGGGGUGUUCGUCUCGGCCAGUUGCUGCUUUCAGCUAAGAAGCAGGAUGCGGAAACUUUCUACGAGAAGCUGAAGCUGGUAAGGAAGGAACAGGUCGUCCCUCUGUCAGCUGCCAGUUAUGAGUGUGGAACCUACCAGAGAGGCUACGAGUACAUUGUCAGGCUUCACAUGCUCAGCGAGCUGGAGCACACGUUCACCGAGCUGCAGAAACCUAAAGAAGGCUCUGCCCCGAGCCUCAGCCAGCUGCCUCCCCAUUGGUCAGAUCGGCUGGAGAUGACCCAGAAUUCCUUCAGGGCCAAGGAGCCGGUCCUGGCCCUCCGCCGUGCUCUGCUCAGCCUGGGACCACAGACUGUGUGUCAGGAGCUGGUGGGGGAGUGCUGGCUACAAAGCGCCCGGGUGGCCAGAAAGGCAGGACACCACCAGACAGCCUUCAACGCUCUGCUGAACGCCGAAAACACACACCUGGCUGAGCUGGUCACUGAGAAGGCCAAGUGGCUUUGGUCGAAGGGCGAUGUACACCAGGCCCUGAUCGUCCUGCAGAAGGGUGUGGCUCAGUGUUUCCCUGACGAUCAGCCCCUGACGGACCCUCGCAGCCUCCAAACUAAAGGCAAGGCCAUGCUGCUGGUGGGACGCUUCAUGGAGGAAACCGCCAACUUUGAGUCCAAUGCCAUAAUGAAGGCAUACAAGGAUGUGACCAAUCUUCUGCCUCAGUGGGAGGACGGGAAUUUCUACUUAGCAAAGUACUAUGACAAAGUGAUGCCAAUGGUGACUGAUAACAAGCUGGAGAAGCAGGGGAAUCUGAUCCGAUACAUCGUCACGUACUUUGGAAACGCCCUACAGUUCGGAAACCAGUACAUCUACCAGGCGAUGCCUCGAAUGCUGUCUCUGUGGCUGGAUUUUGGAGCCAAAGUGUGUGAGUGUGAGAAAGCCGGCCGAGCAGACAGACAGAUGCGACAGGAGCUGGCUAAAAUUAACACGGUCGUGAGCGAGCACUGUGCCAACUUGGCGCCGUACCAGUUCCUGACCGCCUUUUCCCAGCUCAUCUCCAGAGUGUGUCACUCCAGCGACGAGGUCUUCACUGUCCUCAUGACUAUUGUGGCCAAAGUGUUCCUCGCAUACCCCCAGCAGGCCAUGUGGCUGAUGACUGCAGUCUCCAAGUCGUCCUACCCGAUGCGUAAGAACCGCUGCAAUCAGAUUCUUAAGAAAGCCAUCAGUCUUAAAUCGUCUCUCGAGAAAUUCAUUGGAGAUGCCAACAGACUGACUGACAAGCUGCUGGAGCUCUGCAACAAACCGGUGGAUGGAAACAGCACCACCCUCAGCAUGAGCGUUCACUUCAAGCAGCUGAAACGUCUGGUGGAGGAGUCGACCUUCAGCCAGAUCCUGAUCCCGCUGCAGUCGGUCCUCAUCCCGACGCUGCCUUCGACAGGCGGGGCAAACACGCAGCACGACGCCUUUCCUGGACACUGGGCGUACCUGGACGGCUUCGAAGACACUGUGGAGAUCUUGGCCUCCUUGCAGAAGCCUAAGAAGAUAAGUCUGAAGGGUACAGAUGGUCGGAGCUACACUAUGAUGUGCAAACCUAAAGACGACCUGAGGAAGGACUGCAGACUCAUGGAGUUCAACUGCCUCAUCAACAAGUGCUUACGUAAAGAUGCUGAGUCAAGACGGAGGGAGCUACACAUCCGCACCUACGCUGUGAUUCCCCUCAAUGAGGAAUGCGGCAUCAUCGAAUGGGUCAACAACACUGCUGGACUGCGACACAUUCUCACCAAGCUGUACAAAGAGAGAGGUAUCUACCUGUCAGGUAAAGAGCUCAGGAAGCUCAUUCUUCCAAAGACGGCUCCCUUUGAGGAGAAACUACGAAUCCACAAGGACGUGCUGUGUGCUCGGCAUCCCCCCGUCUUCCACGAGUGGUUCCUCCGGACCUUCCCCGACCCCACGUCAUGGUACAGCAGUCGCUCUGCAUACUGUCGCUCCACUGCCGUCAUGUCCAUGGUGGGUUACAUCCUGGGUCUAGGAGAUCGCCACGGAGAGAACAUCCUCUUCGACUCCUUCACCGGAGAAUGUGUUCACGUCGACUUCAACUGCCUCUUCAACAAGGGGGAGACAUUCGACGUACCCGAGAUGGUUCCCUUCCGUCUGACCCAAAACAUGGUCCACGCUAUGGGUCCCAUGGGUACUGAGGGCCUCUUUCGGCAGGCCUGCGAGGUCACACUGAGACUAAUGAGAGACCAGAGAGAGCCACUUACGAGUGUGCUUAAGACCUUCCUUCAUGACCCGCUGGUGGAAUGGAGCAAACAAGCCAAAGGACUAACGAAAACUCAGGCCAACGAGACCGGAGAGAUCGUUAAUGAAAUGGCUAAAACCCACGUGUGCGACAUCGAGCAGCGUCUGCAGGGAGUCAUAAAGAGCAGGAAUAAAGUUCUGGGUCUGCCUCUGUCAAUAGAGGGACACGUCCACUACCUCAUACAAGAAGCCACAGAUGACAAACUGCUCUGUCAGAUGUAUUUGGGUUGGGGGCCUUACCUGUAGAAGCACACCUGGAAGUAAAUUCAGGAGAAUUUAAGAUGCUUUCUGCACUUCUACAAUCCCAACACUCUUGAUGAUUUUUGUUCUACAAUUUCCACAAUUGUUUUUUUGAGUUUCCAGUUCUUUUGGGGACAAAUGAAGUGCCAUUGUUGUACAUUCUCUUGUAAUAAAAGAUGUGUUCGUUCAGUUUUGUCGGUAAA